AUGGCGGCCACAUUCCAACAACUCUUUUUCUCCCUCCUCAGUUACCUCAAAACCCUCCUCCUUACUUUUCUCACUGGCGCCUUCAUCUCCCCCAAGUCAUCAUCCACCACCACCACCAAAAAACCCAUCACUUCCCCCUCCUCCCUCGACCGCCAUGUGCCCACCUCCCAAACCACCCAAGUCGACGAGCCCGCGCUGCUUUCCCGAAUCGCCUCGCUGGCCGAUACGCACGAAGCGGCAGCGCGGCUGCACGCCAUGAUCACCGACGCCGGCGCCGGAUCGUGGCCGCCGCGCUUCCCCACCGACAUCUCCGCCUGGCCGGCCCCGCUGCGCGCGUACCACAGCGUCUGGCAGGCGUGCGCGCCGUUCCUUGCCGUGCCCGCGCCCAGCACCGACGACGCCACCAACAACGCGCUGCGCGCUUCCUUCCGGGCGCGUAUGUCGACCCUGCUCGAAUCUGAAGUGGACCUUCCCGCGGUGGAGCAGCUGCUUUCCCGCGCGGAAUCCUCCUCGGAUCCGGAAGCACCCGUGCCGCGCGCCGUCUACAACGCCUUCUACGCCUGCGUCGCCAUGUCGCGGCACGCCUUCCGCUGGGCCACCAUCCCCGCCGUGCGCGUCGGCCAGGAAGAAAAGCUGAUCGCGUACCCCACCGCCCUCACGCUCCCCUGGCCCUUCCUCCAGCGCCGCUACGGCUUCGGCAGCCAGGCCGGCAACGCGCUGUCCAACUUCCUCUACCACUGGGGCGGCGACGCGGUCGGUCCCGUCUACGAAGUCAACGUCGGCGUGUCCCGGGAGGACCGCCCCGCCGUGCACCGCGCCGAGUACUGGUUCUCCUUCAUGUUCGCCGAGACGGAGCGGCUGGCGCUGCCCGUCUACGUCGAAGUCGUCGAGGCGCUGGCGGCGUGGGAGCGCGGGGACCGCGACGCGGUGCUGGCCGGCUUGAAGCGCAUGCGGGAGUCGGUCAGGGCCGUCGUCAGGGUGCUGUACGAUAAUCUGAUUGAGCCGAAGAUCGAGCGCGAGGUGUGGCUGGGCUGGGUGCAGGGAUUCCACGCGUACGGGGCGGGCGAGAAUAGCGGGGUGGACGGCGCGUACGUCGAGUUUGAUGGCGUGAGCGGGAAUCAGCUGCCGUUCUUCCAGGUCGUCGAUGCGUUUUUGGGCCUCGCGUCGUAUCUGUCGCCCGACGAGUCGAAGACGAGCAUCCCGGCGGUCCAGCGGCGGUUGGGCGCUGAGGUGAGCAAGUGGUCGUUCAGGAAGGAGGUCAAGGAGCGGGGCGAUGAGGAGGUGGAGAGGGAGAUGGCGGCUAUCGCGAAGCAGGUGCGGGUGUGGAGGGCUGCGCACAAGGUCAGGAUCGUGCCGUACCUCGCGCAACCCGCUCCCGAGAGAAUGCUCAUGAUGGCUGGAAAGUCUGUUCUGGAGACGAAGGGAGUUAAAACCAUCAAGGGUGUGGUCGAGUACCUUGACUAUCUUGUGGGCAGGAGGAUUGAGCAGACUGCCUAG